CGGAAGUGCAACACACGUGUAAACAGUGGAGAGAGUCACGCUGAGGGGGUUUGAUAUGACAACUUGAAUGAACAUCUUCACAUUUCGUUACAUAUGUACAUCGUUUUAGAAUAAAGUGUAAACAUUGAAGGUGAUUUUUUUACUUAAAAAGAGUAAAGAUGGAGCAGAAGGAACCGAAGAAGGAACAGAAGAAGCACCAGCAGAAGCACAGUGGACCCAAAGCACAAAAGAAAAACAGAAAGAAAGAGAAGGAUUCUGAGCAGGAGCAGGAUGCACGCAAGAGGAACCCAAAAGCAUUUGCCUGUCAGUCAGCUGUGCGAAUGGCAAGAUCCUUCCACAGGACUCAGGACAUUAAAACUAGGAAACAUCACAUUCCUCUGGUAGACCGGACCCCUUUGGAGCCCCCACCUAUUGUUGUAGUUGUGAUGGGACCUCCAAAAGUGGGCAAAAGUACCCUCAUCCGCUGCCUGAUCAAAACCUACACACGGCAUAAGCUUUCUGACAUCUGUGGACCCGUGACUAUAGUAUCCGGAAAGAAACGGCGUGUGACUUUCAUUGAGUGCAACAAUGACAUCAACACCAUGAUUGAUUUGGCUAAGGUUGCUGACUUGGUCCUGAUGCUGAUCGAUGCCAGUUUUGGCUUUGAAAUGGAGACCUUUGAGUUUUUGAACAUUUGUCAAGUUCAUGGCUUUCCUCGCAUCAUGGGCGUCCUCACACAUCUAGACUCCUUUAAGAACAACAAGACGCUUAGAAAAACAAAGAAACGCCUCAAACACAGGUUCUGGACUGAGGUUUACCAGGGAGCCAAGCUGUUCUACUUGUCUGGAAUGGUGUAUGGAGAAUACCAAACACAGGAAAUAAAGAACCUGGGACGCUUCAUCUCAGUCAUCAAGUUUAGGCCUCUCGUCUGGCAAACUUCUCACCCUUAUGUUGUCGCUGACCGUAUGGAAGAUCUUACAGAUCCGGAGACUCUAAGGUUAAACCCCAAAUGUGACAGAACCGUCUCUCUGUACGGCUACUUGCGCGGGACAUUCUUGAAGAAUAAAUGCCAGGUUCACAUUCCUGGCGUGGGGGACUUCUCAGUAGCGGACGUUAGUUUCCUUCCGGACCCCUGCCCUCUACCAGAGAUGCUCAAGAAGAGGGCGUUAAAUGAAAAGGAACGGCUGCUGUAUGCCCCCAUGGCCGGAGUUGGGGGACUGGUGUAUGAUAAAGAUGCCGUCUAUAUCGACAUGCCCGGUGGGCACGCCAACCAGCAGCAGGAGGUGCGGCCUACCACUGAACUCGUUCAGUCUCUUAUUGGAACACAAGCCACUUUGGAUGCAAAAAUGGCAGCUAGCAAAGUGUCGCUGUUCACAGGGACAGAUGCACUCGCUCCUGAGGAGGUACAGGAAAACAGUGGGGAACAGAGCCCCGUGGAGAGCAGAGAAUGGGAUGAAAAAACUCAGAGAGAGCGAAGAAGAGCUGUCUUUGCUGAUGAAGAUGAGGAGGAAGUUGAAGGCGAAAGCAAUGAUGAGGAAGAGAGUGAGGAUGAGGGCGAUGAGAAUGAGGGGGAUGAGAGCGAAGAAGAGGAUGAUGAGGAAGAUGAGGAAGAUGUGGAAACUGAAGCAGGCAAAACAACACUGGGUAAGAAGGCAUUAAAUGAGGCAGGACCCCCGGUGAAGAAGCAGAAGAUUGACGAGCCUGUGCCGGAGACGCCUGCAUUCGCUGAUAGCGAUGAUGAGCUGGAAAAUAGUGAAGAUGAUAGUGAUGGUGAAGAAGAGGAGGAGGAUGAUGAUGAUGACACAGAAGAGGAGGAGAAGGCUGCUAAAAGAGGCUCAGGUCCAGACUCCGGUCAUUGCUCUGAGGAAGAUGAAGAAGCUGAUUCAGAUAUGGAGGAUGAAGAGAAGACAUCAUCAAAGCAUCCAGAAGAUGAGAUGGACUUGGAGGAAGAUGUAGAGAUGGGUUCUGAAACUGCAGGAGCGCUACGAUGGAAGGAAGGUUUGGCCCAGAAGGCAACAGAGGCAUAUUUAAGACAACAACGUGCAGCCCCCAACCUGCGCAAAUUAGUGUACGGCACGGUGGUGGCAGAAGAGGAAGAAGAUUCUAAAGAUGAGGAGGAUGAACUGGGUGGUUUAUUUAAAGUCAGUCGACCAGAGAAGAAUAAGCGAGUAGGAGCAGAUGCAUUGGACUGUUCUCGCUUUCAGCCAGACAGCAACCAUGAUUGGGACCAGGAGGAGAUGCUGGCCUCAAUCAUAGACUGUUUCGUGACUGGAAAAUGGGAAGAGGACAAGGAUGCUGCAACACUUCUAAAGGAAGAUGAUGACCUCUAUGGAGAUUUUGAAGAUUUGGAAACAGGAGAGGUUCACAAAGUGAAGGCUGGCGAUAAGGAUCAAACUGAGGGAGGGGGUGAAGGUGACAAGGAUGGCGACGAUGAUGACGAAGAAGAGGAGGCUCCUCUUGUGAAAUAUGAUGAUGAUGAAAUUCAGAAAAACAAGCGUCUGGAGAAGAAGAGGAAGCUGAAGGAGAGAUUCAAUUCCGAAUAUGACGACGGUGACGCCACUUAUUUCGAUGACCUGAAGGAGGAGUUGCACAAACAGGCUGAGCUAAACAGACAAGAGUUUGAAGAUGUGGAUGAUGUACUUCGGGUUCAGUAUGAAGGCUUUCGGCCAGGCAUGUACGUGCGUGUGGAGAUUCCCGGUUUACCCUGUGAGUUCGUCACCAACUUUGACCCCCACUAUCCCAUCAUUCUCGGCGGUUUGGGAGCAAGUGAGGGGAACGUUGGCUACUUGCAGAUGCGUCUGAAGAAACAUCGCUGGCACAAUCGUAUCCUGAAAACCCGCGAUCCUCUCAUCUUGUCUUUGGGUUGGAGGCGUUUUCAGACCAUCCCCCUCUUCUACAUCGAGGACCAUAAUGGACGUCACCGCCUGCUGAAAUACACACCUGAGCACAUGCACUGUGGUGCCACCAUCUGGGGACCCAUAACACCUCAGGGCACAGGCUUCCUGGCUGUGCAGACCGUGGCAGGUACUCGGGCCAAUUUCCGCAUCGCUGCCACUGGAGUCGUUCUGGACCUCGACAAAUCAGUGACCAUUGUGAAGAAGCUCAAACUGAUUGGAUACCCUUAUAAAAUCUUUAAGAACACUUCCUUCAUCCAGGGAAUGUUCAACACCGUCCUGGAGGUAGCCAAGUUCGAGGGCGCGUCCAUUCGCACUGUCAGUGGUAUUAAAGGGCAGAUAAAGAAAGCCUUGCGGACGCCGCUGGGCUCUUUUAGAGCCACGUUUGAAGACAGAUUACUGAUGAGCGAUAUCGUAUUCCUGCGUUCCUGGUAUCCCGUCUCGGUUCCUCAGCUGUACAAUCCAGUGACGUCUAUGCUAAUGCCUGUCGGGAAGAAGGACACAUGGGCCGGUAUGAGAACCCUUGGGCAGCUGAAGCAUGACCUGGGCAUCCAGAACAAACCCAACAAGGAUUCCCUGUACAAGCCUAUCGUGAGGAAAGUUCGACAUUUCAACCCUCUCAACAUUCCCAAGGAGCUGCAGAAAUCCCUCCCCUUCAAAAGCAAACCCAAACAGCAUCUGCCCAAAGGCAAAACCCCGCGAGACCUGAGGAGGCCGGCUGUCAUAAGAGAACCCCAUGAGAAAAAGGUGGCAGCAUUGCUUGACGCUUUAAGCACGGUCUACUCACACAAGAACAAGAAGGCGAAAGCAGAACAUCGUGCCAAGCACAAAGAAUUCUUGAAGCAGAAAGGGAUCGAGGAGGAGGGGAAGCAGAAGAGACAGAAGGAGGAGAGGAAGAAGAUCUACCGUGCCAUGGGACAGAAAGAGCAGAAGAAACUCAAAUCCAGCCUGAAGGGAGCGUCCAAGGACAACUGAGGCUAUCUUAACACAUACCUGAUUCUGUUAAAUAUGGCUCCAGGCCUGUUUGCAAUAUGCCACUUAUUCAAUUCUCACACCAGCUGUUCUUUCUAAGCUGGCUGAGGUGUUCAGCUGUUGACAUUGCUGGGGACCCGAAAAUGGGUUUUGGUGAAAACAGAUACAAUUUUCCUAUAAAGAAGAACCAAGAAACUGCCUGGUUAACUGAUGCUAUAUCUGAAAGGAUUUUAAAAAACCAUACAUUGGUAAUACAGAUACAGAUUCAAGAUACAAGUUUUACCUGUCACAUGACAUUUGUUUUAUUGCAUUGGUUUUCAAUAAAAAUCAUGUGUCUAUAAAGCAAAGGAAAUGUUUAUUGUCUUAGGUAUCAGAUAACAAGGUGAGAUGAAAUGCUUUCAAAAAUACAAUUGCAUCAAUUUAUAGACUUUAAAUGACUCAUCCUCAUCCAGGUCAUCUAAUGUACUCUUAUUGGCCACAGGUUAGAGUCUUUUAGCCAUUAAUAGUGAAUUGGAGUUGUUCUUCUGUGCACUGGUGUCUCCAUAGUCCCGCAACUACUGCUGAGCUUCUAAUUUUUUCUUUCACAAAGCUGAAGGCAGCUUGAUGAAAAGCCUAUGAAUAUCAACUAUAAGGCAAUGUUUCAGCAUCAGGGGUUGUAUGGACAGAUGUUCAAUAGUGCGGGGACUGUCUCUAUAUGUCUAAUUGUGAUUUAUUGGUGAUUAAGCAAGUUGCUUAGAUUUUUUGGGGGUUUGGAUGAAUAGAGAGCA